CUAACGUCAUCCGGGCAGCAGCGUGUCCAUCUAUCUCGCCGGAUCGACGCACAGUAUAGAAAUAAGGGUGAUUUUGAGAAAGACGCCAGACAGGACAGUGGACGAAGCCUGAGUCGAGAAAGCUCUGCUCCCCCCGCAUCCGCAGCUCACCAUGAGGGAAAUCGUUCACAUCCAGGCUGGACAGUGUGGAAAUCAGAUUGGGGCGAAGUUUUGGGAGGUGAUCAGCGAUGAGCACGGCAUCGACGCUACCGGCAGUUACCAAGGUGACAGUGACCUGCAGCUGGAGAGGAUAAACGUCUACUACAAUGAGGCCUCAGGGAAAACAGGCAGCAAAUUUGUGCCACGUGCCAUCUUGGUGGACCUGGAACCUGGAACCAUGGAUUCUGUUCGCUCCGGUCCGUUUGGACAGCUCUUCAGACCUGACAACUUUGUCUUUGGUCAAAGUGGAGCUGGAAAUAACUGGGCCAAAGGUCACUACACGGAGGGAGCUGAGCUGGUGGACUCGGUUCUGGAUGUGGUGAGAAAAGAGUCUGAAAACUGUGACUGCCUUCAGGGCUUUCAGCUUACACACUCCUUGGGUGGAGGCACAGGUUCAGGGAUGGGCACACUGCUCAUCAGCAAAAUCCGUGAGGAGUACCCUGACCGGAUCAUGAACACCUUCAGCGUCAUGCCUUCCCCUAAAGUGUCUGACACCGUGGUGGAACCUUACAACGCCACCCUUUCUGUCCACCAGCUUGUGGAAAACACAGACGAAACAUUCAGCAUUGACAACGAGGCCCUGUAUGACAUUUGCUUCCGCACCUUGAAGCUGACCACACCAACCUAUGGAGACCUAAACCACCUGGUGUCCGCCACCAUGAGUGGGGUGACCACCUGCCUCCGCUUCCCUGGCCAACUCAAUGCCGACCUCCGCAAGCUGGCAGUCAACAUGGUGCCCUUUCCUCGCUUGCAUUUCUUCAUGCCAGGCUUCGCACCCCUCACGAGCCGUGGCAGCCAGCAGUACCGUGCCCUUUCUGUGCCAGAGCUCACUCAGCAAAUGUUUGAUGCCAAGAACAUGAUGGCAGCGUGCGACCCCCGCCACGGGCGCUACCUUACCGUGGCAGCCAUAUUUCGCGGGCGGAUGUCUAUGAAGGAAGUGGAUGAGCAGAUGCUCAGCGUCCAGAACAAGAACAGCAGCUACUUUGUGGAAUGGAUCCCCAACAAUGUCAAGACGGCCGUUUGCGACAUUCCCCCUCGUGGCCUCAAGAUGUCCGCCACCUUUAUCGGGAACAGCACUGCCAUCCAGGAGCUCUUCAGGAGAAUCUCGGAGCAGUUCACUGCCAUGUUCCGUCGCAAGGCCUUCCUUCACUGGUACACUGGAGAGGGAAUGGAUGAGAUGGAGUUCACUGAGGCUGAGAGCAACAUGAACGACUUAGUGUCAGAGUAUCAGCAGUACCAGGAUGCCACCGCUGAUGAAAUGGGCGAAUACGAGGAAGACGAAAUAGAAGAUGAGGAAGAUGUGCGGCACUGAUGAGACACUGGCAUUGAACUUGUUGUAGAACACGUGUAGUGUGCUUGAGACACAGAUGUUUAAUUUAAUGUUGCAGAGUGCAGAUUAAAACUAAACGCUUAUUCUAAAUAAUGCUGCUGAAAAACAUUGCUAUUGCCAAAGCUAAUUAGUGGUGUUAGGACCUGACAAAACUAAGGGAUGAUGUAUUUUGUUUCCAUGAUAAUGCUUUGCCAAUGUAAGAACAAGCACAGACAUUUGCUUAACACAGUUUUGUAACAAACACUUCAUCAAGCAUCUAUGGUCUACAGUGUACAAUAAAUGAUUCAAAUUAAACUUCA